CUACAAUACUAGAUCAGCCUGAAUGUAUUCGAAGUUCCUAGCCGUAUAGGAUACUCAAGAUAGCGGUACAUAUCUCUCGUGCGUUACACUCGUUUAGUGCGUUACAGAGGUUUGCUUGCUCACUAUGGAAACUAUCCUCGAACAACAACGUCGAUAUCAUGAAGAACGGGAAAGACUCAUAAAUGAGUUAACAAAAGAAAUGCUUUAUCAUCCUACUACACAUCGUGAAAAAUUGAAUUCAGAACUUCGACUAAGACUAAUGUAUGAUAGGUACUUUGAUGUGACUCAAGAUCUGAAAGAUCUUUAUGAAGAUAAAGAUGGCCUCCGUAAGGCUGAUAUUCAAACUCUUUCAGGUCCAAAUGAGUUCAACGAAUUUUAUGAAAGAUUAAAACAGAUCAAAGAAUUUCAUCGAAAACAUCCUGGAGAGAUAUCCGUUCCAAUGUCUGUUGAGUUUGAGAAAUACAAAGAAAUGCGGGAAAAGCCUGAAGAAGCAAAUGCUGUCCUAAUUGAUUUUUCAGAUGAGGAAGGUUAUGGUCGUUAUCUUGACCUACAUGACGUGUAUAAAAAGUAUUUAAAUGUUAAAGGUGUUCCGCGUAUAGAUUAUCUAACUUAUAUCUCCUUUUUCGAUCGGUUGUAUGAUAUAUCUCGUGACAGAAAAGGAAUAGCAUACAAAGCUUACCUUGAAGAUUUAUUAGGCUAUCUUGAGAACUUUGUAUCGCGGGCUAGACCUAUUGUGGAUUUAGAGGAGGAAACUAAGGAAGCACUCGCUAAAUUCGAAACUCAAUGGAGUCAAGGAACUUUUCCUGGUUGGGGUCGUGAAGCAGCCUCUGCCUUAGCUCAUGGUGGGGCUCAUUUGGACUUGACUGCUUUUACAGCAUGGGAAGAACUUGCUUCGCUUGGACUUGAUAGACUUAAAUCAGCUCUACUCGCCUUGGGAUUGAAAUGCGGUGGGACCUUAGAAGAAAGAGCCCGUCGUUUGUGGGCUACUAAGGGGAAAGCUCUUGAAGAGUUACCCACAGACCUGUUUGUUACAAAGCAACGCGCAACGAAAGGUUUCGCUAAAACAGCUGCUUGGGGACAUGUCCCUCUAGCAUUGUCAGAGAAAUUAAAAGAGGUUGCUGCAUUAGAAGCCAGAAUAUACAGACUCAGUGAACUUGUAAGAGAACAUCGAGAAGCCACUAUUGAAAAUGUACAACGUCGGCAGGCACGAAUUGGAUUUGAAAGAGAUGAAGAUGAUACAGAUGCGGAUAAAGAUGCUGCAGAUGCAGAAAAUGGACAGGAUGCAGGAGAGGAUGAAGAUAUCCCUUAUAAUCCGAAAAAUCUACCUCUUGGUUGGGAUGGCAAGCCUAUUCCCUAUUGGUUGUACAAAUUACAUGGAUUAAAUAUGUACUAUAGCUGUGAAAUAUGCGGUAAUCAAACCUAUCGUGGUCCUAAAGCUUUUCAACAACACUUUUCUGAAUGGCGACAUGCUCAUGGUAUGCGAUGUUUAGGUAUUCCGAAUACAAUACACUUUGCUCAUGUAACAAAGAUUGAAGAUGCUUUAGCUUUAUGGCAAAGGAUAAGAACAAUGAAAGAAGGUGAACGUUGGCGUCCAGAAGUUGAAGAAGAAUUAGAAGAUUCAUCCGGUAAUGUUGUUUCAAGAAAAACCUAUGAAGAUUUAAAACGUCAAGGUCUUCUUUGAAAAUAUGUACGCUGGGGGUGGGGGGCGGCGGAGAGGCAGGGAGGGUUGGUAAUGACAACGAAACUGUGAAAUUAUCUUUCUCUUCUCUCAUUGUAAUAAAUGUGUACACUUUCAGAAUAUAAACUCUUAACUAAACUUUAUUAUUUUUAUUUUGGGAAUUCAAAUGUUUGAUAGUGUGUUGUACUGUGUAUUUGGUGUGAUUGCCCUCAUUGUCGGCUAUUUGAAAGCAAUAUUCGCGUGGAAACUUCAAAGUAAAGGAAAAAAACUGCAAAGUUAAAAGCUACGCAUAUUGUGUAAGGGUUGAUGGUACUACUUGGUCUCCUAGUCUGAAGUAGGGGGAGUGGGAUUUGAACCCGCCACCCCCUUCCUGUAAGUUGAGUGCUUGAACCAAUGAGCCGUAAUAACUAUAAUUAGCAUACGGAAGUAGUAAAUUUAAAUUAAUCUCUCCUGAGUAAUACGCUGUAUGUAGUGCAUCUGUGAAAAUUUGACGAAGUGAUAUAAAGAGCAAUAGAUAGCUGUUUUCUCUCUCCAGUUAUGAUGUUUUCAGUGAUGUUCAAUCCUAGAUCUUGUAGUCACUGAUGAAGUCUACUUUAGAAGUAGUCAAAUCUCAAGAGAUUUCUAGUAACUGAAUGAUAUUAAGAAUUGGAAUCCAAUUAUUUAUUCCUGUUCCCCUGGGUUUCGAGUGGGACGUAGUGCUUCAACGGUACAUCUCUACUUGGUUCUAUUUUCUGCGGUUCUAUUUAGCUGGCCCCAAGAUUGCCCAUAGUCUCUCAUCUCCUUCUCGCAUGAUCUCCUCCAUGUCACUCUUGGACCAAAGACUCACUCGUCGUUUCCCAUGUGCGUCCCGCUCGAGAGAUGGCCUGGCGCACUAUGUCACCCGACGGUCUCCUCAGUUUGUGUCCGACACAUUGAGUGUUAGGUUCUUGAUCGGUUCGUUUCCAGAGUUUCCUGUUGUUGAAUCUGUUUCGCUUUCUAGUUUUCAACAGAAAUUCAAUUACCAGAUAAUAAGUUUAAGACUACUAAAUUAUGGGAUUGCUUUUUAAAAAUGAACUACACAGUUAUCAGGUGUUCAAAAUUUUCUCACAUUUUGAUGUUUGUCAAUACUAAAGUAUGUCAGGCGAGUUCUAAACGUGUAACCUAACUAAUGAUGAUAAUAAUAGGCCAAUGUACAAUCAAAUCACAUAUUGUGUGAGGACUGGCUGAAUUAGAUGGGGUGGGACUUAAACCCGGGGUCCAUUGGUUCUGUGUUGAGUCCUGUCAUUAUCACUACAUAUCUCAUUGCCAUUAUAUUGAUUAUAUUACUAUAUUUCAUUCUUUUUACGUUCCGAGUGACAAAUAGGGUUUUGAAGCUAGAGCUCCGAGUUUCGGUAGCAGUGGUUUUAUUUUGACGAUAUGGGGUUGCUGACCUCACGCCCAAUCUUCCCCUGUCUACGAGCCUUACUACCAGCUUUGCGAGGUGUAGGAAUGUGUCGGCAGGGAUCGAAACUCAGACCAUGUGCGUGGUUGGCGAGCGCUCAACCGCUGAACAACAGACGCACACAUACAUCUCAUUGGAAAUAAGUUAUUCGUUUCAGUGAUUCCCUCCGUGUAAUUAUUAAACAGGCUCUAUAGAGAUCUCUCAAAGUUUCUAGUCAAAACUGCAUCUCACAAGAAGGAAUCGAUAUUGAUUGAUAUGAAUUGUGGUCUAUUUUCAUAAAAUAUAUAGAUACCUAUUAUAACUGAGAAGUAACUGUACGCCUUUGUUUGUUAUUUUGUUUUGUAGAUUUUAAAAUAGAACAGUUUUA